UUAAAAAAAAAAUAUUUCACAUCUGAAAGAAAAGAAUCUAGACGACGACAAUGGCGGAGAAGAGCCAAAUCCCUGAUAACAACACCACUUCUUCGUCGGCGAAGAAACCGACGCCGGAGAUUGGAUCGGGUUCGGGUAAAAGGAUACCGUAUUAUAACCCGCCCGAGUCGGUGAAUCCGGAUCAGGCGACGUUAAGGGAGCAAUGGAAAUUCGCCAUUCGGCAGUACAGUAAAUGGUACUCACACGCUUGGGGAACUGCGAUUCUCGCCGGAGGAGUCUUCUUCGGACUCGGUUGGAUCAUCAAGGGAUCUAAUCCUCUUCCUUCUCUUCAAUCGAGUUCUAAGCCUCGCGAUGAAGAAAAAUGAUUCAAUAUCUGCGUUUUUUUCGGAUGGGGGAAAAGCAGCAUGAGACGCGAGUCAACAGAGGAACAUCUUCAUGUACAUUACGAAGUCUAUCGAUCGUUAGAAGCAGAGAGAGCACGAAGCAAGCGAUUGUAGAGAGUAGAAACGAAACAAAAAAAUCUUGAGUGUGAACCUUGUUUGUCUGAUAAUUCCAGGAAUGUAUACAAAUUUGCAGGAAAAUAGUGAAAAAUGUUAAUGUUGAAUUAUAAAAAUACAAGAAAAAAGUGAGAAGUGUGUC